AUGAGCACGAAGCAGGUGACCUGCAGGUACUAUUUGCAGGGAGUGUGUCGGGAGGGAAGUAAGUGUCUGUUCUCACAUGACUUAUCUACAAGCAAAUCCUCCACUGUCUGCAAGUACUACCAGAAGGGACAGUGUGCCUACGGAACACGCUGCAGGUACGACCACGUCAGACUCCCUGCCCCGGGGGGGGCCGUGCCCCCCGCGCCUGCCCUGCCCUCGGCCUCGCUGCACAGCCCUCGCCCCCCGCCCGAGCACCCUGCCCCCAUCACCAGGAGCAAGCUGCAGGGGCCUGGCAAGCGGGAGAAGAAGACACUGGUGCUCAGGGACAGAAACUUGUGUGGCCCAGCAGAGAAGCAGGAGCCCAGUGGCAGCACAGAAGAUGUGUGGAGGUGCAGUGACCAGAGGGAGCAGCUGGAAGUGAAGCCCCAUUCCUACCUGGAAGCCAUCUGCAGCGGGCUGGAGGAGCCGGUGGCAGGCGGCUGCUGCGCCGCCGGGGAGCAGCUGUGUCCCUACCUGGCAGCUGGCACCUGCCAGUUCGGGGAGCGCUGCCUCUACCUGCACGGAGACCUCUGUGAGAUCUGCGGCCUGCAGGUGCUUCACCCCUUCGACCCCGAGCAGAGGAAGGCUCACGAGAUGAUGUGCAUGGCAACGUUUGAGCAUGAGAUGGAGAAGGCCUUUGCCUUCCAGGCAAGCCAGGACAAAGUGUGCAGCAUCUGCAUGGAAGUGGUGUACGAGAAGCCAUCGGCCUCUGAGAGGAGGUUUGGGAUCCUCUCCAACUGCAAUCACACCUACUGCUUGUCCUGCAUCCGGCAGUGGAGAUGUGCCAAGCAGUUUGAGAACCCGAUCAUCAAGUCGUGCCCCGAGUGCCGCGUCAUCUCCGAGUUCGUCAUCCCCAGCGCCUACUGGGUGGAGGAGCAGGAGAAGAAGAACCAACUGAUUGAAGCCUUUAAGCAGGGAGUGGGGAAGAAGCCCUGCAAGUACUUUGAACAGGGGAAAGGAACCUGCCCCUUUGGAGGGAAGUGUCUAUACCUUCAUGCUUAUCCAGAUGGGACCCGAGCUGAGCCUGAGAAACCAAGGAAACAGCUCAGCUCCGAGGGGACAGUGCGGUUCUUCAACUCUGUUCGCCUGUGGGACUUCAUUGAGGACAGAGAAAGCAGGACUGUGACCAACGCAGAUGACGAAGUCACAGAACUGGGAGAACUUUUCAUGCACCUUUCUGGGGCUGAGGAGGAUCCUGCUGCUUCUUAACAGAGAGACCUCAAGGUGCUGGCUCCUGCAGCCCUCCAGCUCACUCUUUAGCAGUGCUUUUACUCUCUACAGCAGUUAGAAUGAACGUGCCCUGUGGUUUACUUGUGCAGUCCUGGUCAAGGUUCCAGAUAGCUUUUGUAUGGCAACAAAAAUACUAAAAACACAUUUUAAAAAAAGUUAAAUCAAUUGCAUGGGAAAAAAAAAAUCCCUGA